AACAACCAGAGCGUUUGACGAGCUGUGGCUUUGACAACCGACGGCAGGAUUCAAUAAUACCUUCCAUUCAGCUCUGCUUUGCUCCGCGAUGGAUCAACUCAGGCGUCAACUUUAUAUAAGGUCUUACCCGCCAGGCUGAGAGAGCCCACGAGGUCUCCAGGGUUUUCCUCGCUGAGCCGCCAAACACUGCUUUCGAGCGUCCUCCCUCUUUCACUCUCUCUUUUUUUUUUCCUUCUCUCUUACAAAAACUUAUUUAGUUCGCUCGUUUUGAACCCCCCCCCCCCCCCCAACACACACACAUAUACCCUGUCUGGGAUAAUCAUUCACCAUGGCUCUCGCGGUGAGGGAUUGCUCUUCGGCGAACGUCAUCCAGGGCGGCUCGUCCGACUACACUUCAUACUGGUCGACGUAUUAUGGUCCCAACCCAGAGACUUUCACCGUCGUCAGUACCGGGGGUCCGGAUGACGGUGCUUAUCUUGAGAUGGACGACUUUAGCUAUGGCUGGGCUCUCGUCCGACAGAACAUCGCCUCGGUGACCGUGGGACAAGAGUACGAUGUGUCCAUGUACUGGGAUAUCACGACCGUUGUCGAGGCAGAAUGUGAAUUGUCGGUCGCCAUCGAUUCGACCUCGUUCAUGGCCGCCGCGGCCAGCAUCGCCGGCUACGGUGACCAUCUGUCGACCGGUUGGCAGGAGGUCUCGGGGACCUAUACGCCCACCGAUAGCACGGGCAUUCCGUUUGUGAUCACCAUCUCCUGCUCCGAGGGAGCUAAUGCUACCAACCCGGUCAUCGGGCUGGCGGAUAUCUCAAUGAUCCCCUCCGACUGCGGUUCUUCUUCCUCCUCGUCUGCCUCUGUCGCCGUCGCCUCGUCAACGGUUGCUGCCGCCUCGGCUGCUACCAGCACUGAUGUAUCUCUGGGUGCCGUUCCCACUGACGACAUCAGCACCAUGGUUCUUUCCACCAGCACGGCUUCUGACUCUACUACCACUAGCACUGACUCUGUGGCUGCCAUUCCCACCGAUGAUAUCAGCACUCUGGUCGUGAUUCUUUCCACCAGCACUGCGUCUGACUCGGCGACUGCCACCAGCUCUACCGCGGCUUCCGCCUCGGCGAGCGCUAGUGUCAUUUCUGCCAGCACUACCGACGGUGUGUCUCUUGAAACCACCGAAUCGGUCGAUUCCAAUUCUACCAGCUCCGUCAGUGGCUCCUGGGAGGUCGUGGACGAUGCCUCUUCAAAGAGGCGCAAGAGAUCCUCGGGCGUCUCCUGCACUCUGUCCGUCUUGGAUGGUAGUGAUGUGCUAUCCAGCACCACUCUGUCCGCCGGGGAGUCCGGAACUUUCUCCGCCUGUGUUGCCGCUGAUUCCUCCGCCUCCUCGGAUGGCUCAGAUGUCACCCUCGAGGUUUCCUGCUCUGGCUCGGGUGCAACCGUCGAGAUCACCGGGGUUUCCGUGAGCUCCACCAACGCCGCUGCCCAAGAAUGUGCCGCGGCCAUUGCUGCUGCCUCCAGCUCUGUCGCUGCCAUCCAACCUGCUUCUUCUUCUUCUUCUGUCGCUCCUGCGUCCAUCCCUUCGUCUGUCGGAACUACCUCCGUGGGCACCCCGGGCGCGCACCCUAGCUCUGCCACUCGUUCUUACCCCGUGUUCCCCUCGUCUCUUUUCACCCACUCGCAAAGCCCUACCCCGACUCCCAGCUCGGGAUCUGUCUCUGGCUCUGGCUCCGGCAACGGCUCUGGCAACGGCUCUGGCUCCGGCUCUGGAUCUGGCAACGGCUCUGGCAACGGCUCUGGCAACGGCUCUGGCAACGGCUCUGGCUCCGGCUCUGGAUCUGGCAACGGCUCUGGCAACGGCUCUGGCAACGGCUCCGGAUCUGGCAACGGCUCUGGAUCUGGCAACGGCUCUGGCAACGGCUCUGGAAACGACUCUGGCAACGGCUAUACUACCUCUAUUGUAUACACUACUUCUGUCCACACCGUCACGGCUUGCCCAACUUUCGUCACCAACUGCCCGGCAUCUGAGAAGACUACCUACCUCACCACAGAGACUGUUGAGGCCUACACCACCAUUUGCCCCUUGACCGAGUCUCAUAAUGGCGCCCCCUACAGUGCCACUGGGACUGGUACCACCGCAACUACCACUGAGACCGGCGCCGUCACAACUGCCACUUCGGGAUCGUCUGGAUCGUCUGGCUCGUCUGGCUCGUCUGGAUCAUCUGGCUCGUCUGGCUCCAGCUCUUCUAGCUCUGGCUCGUCUGGAUCGUCUGGAUCGUCUGGAUCGUCUGGAUCGUCUGGAUCGUCUGGAUCGUCUGGAUCGUCUGGAUCAUCCGGCUCGUCUGGCUCCAGCUCUUCUAGCUCUGGCUCGUCUGGCUCGUCCGGAUCGUCCGGCUCGUCUGGUUCCUCUGGCUCUAGCUCUUCUGGAUCAUCGAGCUCCAGCUCUUCUGGCUCCUCUGGCUCCAGCUCUUCUAGCUCUGGCUCGUCUGGCUCGUCCGGAUCGUCCGGCUCGUCUGGUUCCUCUGGCUCUAGCUCUUCUGGAUCAUCGAGCUCCAGCUCUUCUGGCUCCUCUGGCUCCAGCUCUUCUAGCUCCGGCUCGUCUGGUUCCUCUGGCUCUAGCUCUUCUGGAUCAUCGAGCUCCAGCUCCUCUGGCUCCAGCACUUCUAGCUCCUCUGGCUCUAGCUCGUCUGGCUCCUCCGGCUCGUCUGGUUCCUCUGGCUCGUCUGGCUCGUCCGGAUCGUCCGGCUCGUCUGGCUCCUCUGGCUCCAGCUCUUCUAGCUCCGGCUCGUCUGGUUCCUCUGGUUCCUCUGGCUCCAGCUCCAGCUCCUCUGGCUCCGGCUCCGGCUCCUCUGGCUCCAGCACUUCUAGCUCCUCUGGCUCUAGCUCGUCUGGCUCCUCCGGCUCGUCUGGCUCGUCUGGCUCGUCUAGUUCUUCUGGAUCUUCCGGCUCUGGCUCUAGCUCUUCUGGCUCUAGCUCUUCUGGUUCCUCUGGUUCCUCUGGCUCCAGCUCCGGCUCUUCUAUCUCUAGCUCUUCUGGCUCUAGCUCUUCUGGAUCUCCUGGCUCGUCUGGAUCUUCUAGCUCUGGCUCUGGCUUGCCUGGAUCCGGCUCCGGGUCUGCAUCUUCGUCUGCAUCUUCUUCUGCAGCCUCCUCCGUGGCCGCUUUCUCGUCUGCAGUCUCCUCCGGAGUCACUUCUUCCACGUCCGCGACAGCGCCCGCGUACACUGGCGGUGCCUCCAUGCUGUCCUCUUCGGUUCUGACCUGCAUGCUUGGCCUGUUCGUCGCCUUGAUGAUGUAGAACUUCAUUCCUUCUAUAUCUUAAUCAUAAUUAUAAUUUCUUCACGUCAUAUAGACGAGUUUCAACCUCUUACUACCUGGUAAACACUUUUUCUCUCUUCUAUUUUUAUUGAGGGAGCAGCUCCGGUAACUAUUGCCGACCAAAGGAGCUUACUACAUACGCACAGACAAAGCCCCAGUCAAGAUGGAUGGAGUACAUACGUACUGGUAAGUUAUAUAGUUAGUUACAGCUAGGCAGUGGGUAAGUAGUGGUACUUAUUCCAUGCUCACACUGAGCAGCAUCAUUAUUCUGUAUAGUGGUCUAGCAAGCAUUUAAUGAGGUUCUGUGGUCUAUAGAUAAUAGUAUCGUCACCACCAAUUUCUCCAAAUGAG